AUAGUAUGAAUGUUUUGCUGGUAAGUUAAUUAAAUUUUCUUGUGCGCAUACUCAUGCUAAUAAAAGUUUACCUGCAGGUAUGUGAUGACAAAAUGACAAUCAGAUAUGUCGAUGCUACACACCCUGGGGCCUGCCAUGACUCAUUAAUUUGGAAUACCAGUCAAUUAAGGGUUUCAAUGGAGGAGGAUUAUUUGCGAGGCAGAAGAAAUGUUUGGUUGCUAGGCGACGCUGGAUAUCCAUUGGAGCCUUGGCUGCUAACACCACACAGAUCAGCGGGAGAGGGCUCCACAGAAAGCAAGUUUAAUGAAGUUCACGCCCGCGCACGUAACGUUGUCGAAAGAACCAAUGGCGUUUUCAAAAAUAGAUGGAGGUGUGUACUAGGAGCAAGAGAGCUGCAUUACGCUCCUAAAAAAGCCGCAAAAAUUAUUAAUGUCUGCUGUGCGUUGCACAAUAUUUGCAUAAGUUAUCGAUGCGAUGACACACCAUUUAUUUCAAAUGCGCCUCCUCAGCCGGAAAAUUUUGAACACCUACAGUCUGAACAAUCUGAACCGAACUCAUCAUACCUCAAUGAGGCUAAGCGUAUUAGAGCUAAUAUAGGAAAUUCACUUUUAUAAAAUUUGUAAAGCCAGUUUUAGUAGAAGAUCCGAAUAACGCAGGACCUUCACCUAUUUCAGUGGAUGAAAUCUAUUUUGUAUGAAAUUUAACGUGUUAGGAAAAUUUUGCUAGCAGGUUGGCUGGAAAA